AUUUCAAUAAAGAUUCCUUAAUUUUAUAAAGAAGAUUUCAGCAUAAAGGUUAAUAAGAAUUAAAUUAAAACCAACUAUUGUAUUUAAUCAAUGACAAAAGUUGAAACCAGAGAAGAAAUUUGUAGAUAUAUCAUAAUAUAAAUCCAUCUGAAUCCAGUUAACAGUGAGUGGUGUUCAGGGGAGGGCUAGAAUUGAACGGCUUUUAGAUCUAGAAGGCCUUUACAUUGAGGAGUCAGUUGGUCAAAGAAUUACUAUAGCCAAAUAUUACAAUAAGAAUUUUUAAUUUUGUGUUUUUAGUGUUUUUAUAAACAAUGCCGAUGUUUUUAAGCAGUUCUUUCUGAUGUUAUUUUAACGCGGUGAUAAUAGUUGUUCUGUUAAGUUCUCUGUGUAGCAGGAGUGUCCUGCGACAGUGGGGCUAAUUGAUAAGGGAUAAAAGGAGGAUUUUGAUUGUUAUUUAACAUCAAUGAUUUCUGGCAAUGGUUUGUAAAAAAGAUGUUGUUACAUGGUUUAAAGGUUUAAAAAGUUAUAAGCGUACAGAUGUAAUGUGCACAUUGUUGAAUUUGUGUCUCCCCUUUGAACUACGGUUUCUUGGCACAUGCUUGGAGCACCUGGGAAAACGAGAUUUCCACGAGUUAAGACAAUCAGAGAAUGAAGCAAAUAACAUAUCUGAUUUAAGCUCACCAGAAUUGCUGUGUUUGAGUAGUCAGCAGGUUAGGACUAAAUUAGCUGUAUAUGUGUCACUUUUACAUUCAUGUAAUUAUUCCUGCUCCAAUAGUAUUUACAAAAUUUUGACUAAAAAUGAAGAUAUCCAUACUGUAUUAAAGAACUGUAGUGAUGAUGCAGCCCUUGAUGAUCUUUUACUUAUAUAUACCUUAGCUAUAAAUCACCCUGGAUUCUCAUAUGAACAGAAAUUGAAUCUAGAAAAAGUCUAUAGUCAACUUCAAGAAGAAGAACGUAGGAUAUAUGUUCAGACUGCCAAUAGAAAUAAGUCUAAUUAUGUAGCUGGGAAUUCUCAGGAAAAUGUUCUAGAUAAACCUCCUCCCCAAAUUCAGAAUUAUCAUCACACUUGUGUUACCUAUGAUGAUCACCUGAUUGGAGUUACAACCAACCCUGGACAGUGCCCUCCAAUUCCUCCUAAUCCUCACCAUUUUGGAGGAGAUGUAACGACUGUGGCAGGGUAUCCUUUUACAUUCCCUUGGUCAUAUCCACCUCCUCAAGAUUCUCCAUUGUCUCGGAAUUCUUCACCUAAUUCUGGGUCACCUCCUCCAUCUCGAGUGAAAUUUCCUCCCCCUCGUGUGCCACACCCACCACCAUCAUCAGAUCAGCUGAGGGAAUCGAUAUCCAAAGAACUCCCCGCUUUUGCCACAUCUCUUAAUCCCUUCUCUUAUGAGCAGCUUUCACGGAUGGGAGAUGGUGACUUGAGGGAGAUAGGACUUGGUCCUGAUGCAGUUGCUCAGCUUAGAGCAAUUCUCAAUCGCCAAACAAAUGGUAUUGGAUCUACAGAUGUCAAGAAAAAGAUAGAGCCACCUUCUGAUCUUGAACAGACACAAACAAUCAGGCGAUAUCCAGCCGAACCUAUGACAUUGUACCCAACAGGAGUAUUUUCUUGUUAUACACUUCCAGCCAAUACUAGAAAAUACCAACCUUUUUACCCAGUACCACAUCAGCAACUUGACUUUAGGCAGAUGAGGAUAUCUGAGCCAAGCUCAUCUGACGAAUCUUCACCAGGCACUCCUCCUCCUCAUGUUGAAGGUGUAAUUCAGGAUGAACGCCUUGUUGGCGGGGGUGGAGGUGGAGGAACAGAAGAAAGGAGAGGAGGUGGACGGGGGAGAAGCAGGCACCACCCUCCUGGUCGUCCCGCUGUGCCUAGAGCUAGGGGUCCCCAUCCGGAUUCUAGGCGGAGAGAAGUUAAUAUGUCAAAUGGUGCUGGCGGUAAUGGAAAUGCUGACCCAGCUACAAGUGGUUUCUACCCGCCCCAUGGAUACCUGCCUCACCAGUAUGUAAGGACACCAUAUCCAGGAGGUUUUCCUGGUGGUGGUGCGGCAGGUUUCAUGAGACCAUAUGCACCAUUUCAACAGCCUAAUGGCGAACUUGUAUAUACUUACCAACCACCUCCAGGUGGCUUCCCCAUAGCUAGCUAUAGCAUACCGCAAGGGAGCCAAGUGUUACAGCAGCCACCACCGCCGCCGCAGCAGCAGCAGCCUCAGGUCCCACCUAAGCCUCAUCAGCCUCCUCCCACUUCCUGUUAUAAUUGUGGUUCACAAAGUCAUUCUGCUAUUGACUGUCCCGAAGCUACAAUAGAAGAAGUGACAAAACUAGGGCAGUAUAGGUUGGACUAUAGUGGGGGUUACCAGAAAACAAGUGGAGUCGAACAACACGUUCCUGCGGAUAAGUGACCCCCAACAAAUCUCUGUACAUAACCCACGUUGUAAUUUAUAUAAAUAGGUAUAUAUAAAUAAAUAUAUUUAAAUAUUUAUAAAUACGAUAAGCACUCAUUCUAGUUGAUCUGUUUUGGUCACGGUUUAACUCGUGAAUGAAUUCCCAUGAAGUUGUAUACAAAGUGUGAUAUAUCCUUUCCUAGGCUUAUAUACCUUUUCGGUAAACACCAAAUGAUAUUAAACAUUUACCCAUCUUCUGUUUAAAAUAGAAGUUCCUUAUUGAUAAGACGGUUUUUGUAUUUCUUAAAGCUGUCAGCAUUGUUUGUUGGCACUAUAUAUAAAUGAGAAUUAUCCGUAUUAUAAAAAUAUGGAAUUGUAAAAAAAAAUUGUUGUGUUUUGAAAUCAUUAUUUUAAUUUGUUAUUAGGGAAAACUUCUUCUUAAAGGCGUUUCUCAUUGUUAUCUCGAUUUGUUAGGUUAAUGGGGUGGGUCGAAAAGAAUAGAUCUCUGCCAGUAGGUAAUUUUUUUUUUUUUUUGUUUUACCAAAUUGCAACCUGUCAUCAGACAGAGGCCUAGCAUAGAACUCUGGGUACUUUUUGUGCUCGAUAUUUAUGAUAAUAUGUAAAAAGAGGGAAAGACUAAUAAUCAACUUGUAUGAUAAUUUAUUAGCUACUGUAAACUUUGUUUUACUUUAUUUUAUUUUUCUGUUUUGUUUUAAUUCCAUGUAUUACAUUUGAAUCAUUGCUGUCUAAGCUCUGUUAACGAUGAUGUCGUGAGACUAAAAAUCAGAAAUCAAUUCUGUAAAAAUUUUGCAUAAUUGUUUGAUCAUGUACUUUUUGUACUGGCUAUUUAUGAUAUUAAUAAGAUGAGGGAAAGACUAAUAGUUAAUGUUAUAUUGUUAUAUUUGCUUCUGUCAAAUUAUUUUUUGUUGCAUUCGAUUUAAUGUUAAUUUGCUUUAUUGCUGCCUCAACUCUGUUGAUUUGUGAAAUUUUAAAAGUUUGUAAUGUAAUUAUUUGCAAUUCCCUUAUUAACCAAGUGAAAUGUGAAAGAUCUUAACAAGGUACUUAAAAGAAGUCGCCGCUCACAUUGUGUGUUUAUUUUUUUUUUUAAUUUGUGCUAAAUAACAAUCCUGUUGUUCUUAUCAGAUAGGAGAUAUUUCUUAUUGUGUAUAGUCUAAAAAAAAAAGAAAAAUAUUUAAAUUUUAAAAAAAUUCAUUAUAAUCAUAUGUUGAAACAGUAUGUAUGAAAUUGAGAAUCAGCCUCCUCAACUUUCAUAAUAAAUGAAUUUUUUACUUAUUUUUUUAUAUUUGAAUCUUUAAAAAAAGAGAAUUGUUUAUUCAGAAUGAUUAAUAAUUUCAAGAAGAAUUGAAAGAAUAAUAAUUUUGUUAAGAUAUGAAAUAAUUGAAUGACUAAAGUUUAUAGUAGACGCUUAAACACUAGUUAACAACUUGAAAUAAUCAUGCAUAGAGACAGAGUUUAUAUGGCUAAAAUUAGUGACCUUUUUCUGUGUUCAAGUCAUGUGUAAAUAUUUAAAUUAAAUAAAUUUGUGUAAAUAGAUUUCUAUAUGUAAUAUAUAUAUAUAUAUAUAUAUAUAUAUAUAUAUAUAUAUAUAUAUAUAUAUAUAUAUAUAUAUAUAUAUGUAUAUGUAUGUAAUAUAUAUAUAAUAUAAUAUCUGAGUCGCGAUAAUGCAAUUGUUAAGUUAUAACGUGUGAAUUUAAGAGUAUUUUACCUUUGUGUACUUUAAGAAAAAUAUUUAAAAUAAAAACCCAAAAACACG